AAUGGCACAUUUCUAUCUACAAGGUCUCGUAGUAUUAGUUCUGUUAAUAAUCAUAUCAGAAUGCAAAGUCAUCGCACCAGUGAAUCAGACUGUCUUUGCUGCUAAAGAAGAAGAUAUACUUCUCCCCUGCUUUGAUUCAUAUGCGAUGGAUCCAAAGGACUGCUACAGAUUCAAAUUGAUUAAGUAUGCCACAGAUUCCAGUCAGAUGAAGGUUAUCCUUGUCAGGCCUAAAACACCUAAAUUCCAGGAUGCUAAACGUGUGAAAUGGGAUGCUGAUGGAAAUCAAGAAGUGUCUCUUUUACUGACAAAAACACAACUAUCUGAUGCGGGACUGUAUGGAUGUGAAAUCUGGCAAGGCUGGGACUGUAUUCAUGUCAAAAACAUUUUUUUAAAAGUGAAAGACUGCAAAACCCUUCCAGCAGUGAAGGUAACUCCCAGCACACCCCUUAACCUGAACUGCCCAGUGGACAUAACAUCAGGACAACAACGACCCCAAAAUAUCUCCUGGGCAAUGCUGCCAUCAGGCAACCCUGUACCUUUCAACUCUGAAAGGGUGGAUAUUAAUCAGACAUCAUUAGCUUUCCAGUCUGUGAAUAAAAGUGACAGUGGUUGGUACAGAUGUACAUACGUGCUUGGACAAACUCAGCGCUGCUUUGAAUUUAAUCUACAGGUCCAAGAAUUUAAUCUACAGGUCCAAGUGGAAAAGGCCACAACAGUUCCAGGACUGACAACCAGUGAGAUUCUUUUGGAAACCAAGAUGGAGGGAAGCAGUGGAGCAUUUCUUGCUGUUCUUGUGGCUUCAGUCAUUAUUGGGAUUGCCGUCUUGGCUGCACUGAUAGGACUGUUCAUUUACCGCAGGCGCAACACCCAGAGAGUAACCCAGCAAACUCAGAGGCCCACAACAGGUACUCUUACGGAUGCUUAUGAGAUUUUUACAGAGAGUCUUACACCCUUAGAUGAUCCUACAGCCCAAGCCAACUGUCUAUACCAACAUUUUCUGGAUGAAAACAUGUGUACUUUCCAGUAUUAGUCAUAAUCAGCCUGCUCAAGACAAAAAAGAAGAUUUUCCCCGUAAAAUGCAAGUCCUUACUGUCUAAUCUUGUAAAA